GAAGGGGCGGCCGCUCAGGCAGGAUGGCGGCGGCGGUGGGCUCGGGCGCGGGCGCGGGCGCGGGCGGUCAGGGGGCGGCGGGCAGCGGCGGCGGCGGGGCGCGCGAGGGCGCGCGGGUGGCGGCGCUGUGCCUGCUCUGGUACGCGCUGAGCGCGGGCGGCAACGUGGUCAACAAGGUGAUCCUGAGCGCCUUCCCGUUCCCCGUGACCGUGUCGCUGUGCCACAUCCUCGCGCUGUGCGCGGGGCUCCCCCCGCUGCUGCGCGCCUGGCGCGUGCCCCCCGCGCCGCCCGUCUCGGGCCCCGGGCCCGGCCCGCAUCCCUCGCCCGGCCCGCUGCUGCCGCCGCGCUUCUACCCCCGCUACGUGCUGCCGCUCGCCUUCGGCAAGUACUUCGCGUCCGUGUCAGCGCACGUCAGCAUCUGGAAGGUGCCGGUGUCCUACGCACACACCGUCAAGGCCACCAUGCCCAUCUGGGUGGUCCUCCUGUCCCGGAUCAUCAUGAAGGAGAAGCAGAGCACCAAGGUGUACUUGUCACUCAUCCCCAUCAUCAGCGGCGUCCUGCUGGCCACAGUCACUGAGCUGUCGUUCGACAUGUGGGGGCUCAUCAGCGCCCUCGCUGCCACACUGUGCUUCUCGCUGCAGAAUAUUUUCUCCAAAAAGGUAUUGAGAGACUCUCGGAUCCACCAUCUCCGGCUCCUGAACAUCUUGGGCUGCCACGCCGUCUUCUUUAUGAUCCCCACGUGGGUCCUGGUGGACCUCUCGGCUUUCCUGGUCAGCAGCGACCUGACUUAUGUGUCCCAGUGGCCCUGGACACUCUUGCUCCUGGCUGUCAGUGGCUUCUGUAACUUUGCCCAGAACGUCAUCGCCUUCAGCAUCCUCAACCUCAUUAGCCCUCUGAGCUACUCAGUCGCCAACGCCACCAAGAGAAUCAUGGUCAUCACAGUGUCCCUGAUCAUGCUGCGAAACCCAGUCACUAGCACCAAUGUCCUGGGCAUGAUGACAGCCAUCCUGGGGGUCUUUCUCUACAAUAAGACCAAGUACGACGCCAAUCAGCAGGCCCGGAAGCACCUCCUCCCCAUCACGACGGGGGACCUGAGCAGUAAGGAGCAUCAUCGGAGCCCCCUGGAGAAACCCCACAACGGCAUCCUCUUCCCCCAGCACGAGGACUAUCAGUAUGGCCGAAACAACAUCCUAACAGAUCACUUCCAGUACAGUCGGCAGAGCUACCCCAACUCAUACAGUUUGAACCGUUAUGACGUGUAGAGUCUAGAGGGCAGGCCGGACCGUGCUGCAACUCCUUUCCCCACCCACAGCAGUUCCAGAAACUUCUGACAACCAGUGAAUGUACAACAGCUCAGCCAAGGGGCAUAACCAUCUGAAGACCCUGGGGGACAGCAGGAUGCCGUCCCUGUGGCAACACUCGCCGCCCCCUCGAGCCCAUGUCUCAUGCCCCCUCUCCCGGAGCCUGAUAUCUGAAGGCUGUGUCUCUGGAGAUCUUGGCCGGGUCUUACCUUUCUGUGUGGACUCACUCCCCAGUCAUGUUUUUCAGAGUUCUUGUCUGCUUUCUAGCUCACAUUCAGGACCCUCUCUGGAAAAGCGGGAUUGCUGUGGAUCCAGACCUCGACACAGGCUAGAGGUGGUUUCCUGGGGGCCAAGGAAAGGACCACAGGGUGAUGCACGAGAGUGAGAAACUAGCCGCCAUAACUCCAGUGCUCAGACAGGCGUGAGCAGAGCGGGAGUUCCUCAGAAGCCCUCCAGCAGCAGAGAUGGACCCAGCCUCCCGCUCAGCCCCGUGGCCGCUCGCAUUACCGGCAGCCAUUCAAAAGGGCAAAGCUACUGCAAUUAGCAUUGACUCCUUGAAGCCUAGUUCUGUGACCUGCGUGUCAGAGGGGGCGUAGGCCCAGGGCGAGGGCAGGUGCUCUCUCCUCUGCCCUGUUCUCCCCUCGCCAGAGCAAGGCCUCUCUCCUCGGGCAGUGAGGAGGGGCACUGGGAGGUCAUGGUGAGUGCUUUGAGCUCUAGCCCUGUCACACUCGUUUGUCUUUUCUGGUGAGUCUUCACCACUUCUGUGCUGACUUAGGAGGUCUGGUGGGGAGAAGUGGAUUUUAUGAGGAUCUUGCAUUUUUCUAGGGAAUAUUUUGUACUAGUGUGUGUGUUUAUGCCUUGGUCUCCAGUAGGGGACACAUGAGGACUGGCUUAUGGAUUGAAAAGUCUUGUUUCUAAAUGUUUAAAAAGAGGAAAACUUCCUCCUGGUGCUGCCUGGCUGACACAUCUCAGCAUUUAGCAAGAGGCCAUGAAGAGUUCUGAAGCACCUCGCUCAUGAGCCCACGGCUGAAGGUGGGAUGACUCCAGAAGGCCACCUCAGCAGGCUGUGUAACAGACGAGGCUGCAGCACUCUCGUUCUCUGCCGCGUUCUCACGGUGUUUACAUCAGGCUCUGAAUCCUGUCCUGUGAAGGAGAAGGGUGGGCACCGAGCGAUGCUUGCUGUGCCAAGUCGGAUGCUUUGGUCAAGAGUAAGUCUGGGUUUUGGCAGAAUCACGUCAUCAGGAAGACGAUGUGACCCCAGCAGGUGACCCCUUUGCACCCGGGUCCCAGGUGGGGUCUUCGUCUUUCCUGCAUCAUGAAAAGACUGUGCCCUCGUGGAGGGGACCACUGGCUCCGCUGGUGGGCUGUUCUGCGGUGGCUGCCUGCCUUCAGCAACAUCCCCAGCUUCUUGGACAGGCACUUAGAGUGACCGGCAGAUGGGACGGCAGGUCACCCUUCACAUCCCUGGGGGCGAAACCUUUUCGCAUUCAGAGGAAGCACUGUAGCUUCUGCUUGACCCCCGGUUUCACAAUUGGAAUUUUGUAUUUAAGAGGUUACAUUUUGUCAGCUUCUGAAUGAGCUGCUCCUGGAGAGCUCGCAGGGUCUCCUGCUGGCCUGUGACUUUACGCACCAUCAGCCUCAGGAGUCCCUGCCUGUCAUCUGCUUGCUUUAUAAUUACUUUGGCCCCAGGUUUUAAGACAGUUGCUGUGUAAAACCAGAAGAGGCAAUCCUGAAGGGUGGCAUUUGGGAAAAGAACUUGCCGAGUGCCUUCACGAGAGGCAGUGGCCUGCAGCUGAAUUUUUCUCACUGGUGAGUAACAACGAAUGGGGAAAAUUUUGCACAGCAAAGAUAUUACAGUGGUUGUCUUUAUGAUGAUAGUAACUGAUUCCUUGAACAGAUAAUUGAACUCUAAAAUGAAUUAUGCCUCUAUUCAGGUUUAAUGAAAUUUCUGAUGAUGCUGAAAUUUGUAUAUUAGUUUUCCUUUUCCAAUGCAAGAUCUGCUGGUAAGGGGAAAUGACUGGUUUUAUUACGGUUUAUAAAUUAAUAAAUAGGAUAUUUAAUUCUGUACAUAAAUUUACAGCAAGUACAUACACUGGAAUGAAUGAGACAAUCAUAGUAGACCAAAUCAUCAGACCAGAAGACAAAGAUAUACUUUUGAGACUUGAAGGUUCAGAGCUCACAUGGACCUCUUGGAGGCCAGUUUUCCAGCCACUUCCUGCCCUGCCCCGCCACCCCGCCCGCCCCUGUUCACAUCUGCAGCUCUGCUCCCCCACCCUCCUCACUGCUGGGCUUUGUGGUAGCGAAUUUCGCAUACCCGGCCAUGGUAGGGUCUGGCCUGAGACUGCGACGCCAGCCCCACUCCUUCAUUUUACAGAAGGGGAACCCGAGGCUCAGCGGGCAUUUCUGAAUAGUGUUUGUUCACUAUUUUGAGUCUCGGUGUGGAAUUUUGAAGCACCUUAUUUUAAGUCAGUCAUUCUAGGGAAAAUCAAACCCCUGUGAACAAAGGAGAGAAGCCAAAUCUGUUAAAGUGAAGCAGCACUUGGAAUUUCUGAGCUUUGCUGCCUAUCUGGCACACAUCCUGCAGCAGGCCCCCACAUCGCUGGGACGCAGCCAGACCCAGACACGUUAAGGUCUGACAGCCUUAAGGGCAUAGAAUGUUAAAUUCUUAAAGGAUCUGAAAGUUGCGAAUUCUUUUUUUCACUUGUCACCUCUUUUCCAGGCUCAAAUGCUAUAGACUGUUCUGUGGGAAUGAUACUGUGUGUAUAUUCAUUGACGGUAUUUACCAAAAAUAAACCAUGGUCUCCAGGGAA